UUACCAAUAAACCACCUCUGUUGUUGGCAGGUAACGGGUUUGUAUACUCCCGGACGAGGAGAAAUAACAAGUCUGGAUUCUGGAAACAUCGAUGACAUCCUUAACAGUGCAGGGGUGGCUCUAGUCAACUUCUAUGCAGACUGGUGUCGUUUCAGUCAGAUGCUUCACCCUAUUUUUGAGGAGUCGUCGAACAUAGUGCGGGAGGAAUAUCCAGACGCUACACAGGUGGUGUUUGCCAGGGUGGACUGUGACCAGCACUCUGAUAUAGCCCAGCGCUACAGGAUAAGCAAAUACCCCACACUCAAACUGUUCAGAAAUGGGAUGAUGAUGAAGCGAGAGUACAGAGGUCAAAGGUCAGUAACCGCCAUCGCUGAUUUCAUCCGCCAGCAGAAAGUGGAUCCAAUCAAAGUGAUUGAAAAUCUGGAGGAAAUCAGCACUGUAGAUAGGAGUAGACGCACCAUCAUUGGUUACUUUGAGAGUAAAGACUCAGACAAUUACCGUACUUAUGAGAAAGUGGCGAACAUCCUCAGAGAUGACUGUGUUUUCCUGGCAUCUUUUGGGGAAGUUUCUAAGCCUGAGCGGUUCAGUGGUGAUAAUAUUAUUUAUAAGCCAAUGGGAGAGAAUGCUCCCGACAUGGUCUACAUGGGCUCGCUCACAAAUUUUGACCUCAGCUAUGCCUGGACACAGGACAAGUGUGUGCCGCUAGUCCGAGAAAUCACAUUUGAAAAUGGAGAGGAACUGACUGAGGAGGGCAUCCCGUUCCUGAUCCUCUUCCAUCAGAGGGAUGACACCGAGAGUCUGGAGAAAUUUCAGCAGGAGGUGGCUCGCCAGCUUAUCAGUGAAAAGGGUUCAAUAAAUUUCCUUCAUGCAGAUUGUGAUAAGUUCCGGCACCCUUUACUGCACAUUCAGAAGACCCCCGCUGACUGCCCUGUAAUUGCCAUCGAUAGUUUCCGCCACAUGUAUGUCUUCCCAGAGUUCAGCGACCUUGCGGUUCCAGGAAAGCUGAGGCAGUUUGUAUUGGACCUGCACUCAGGAAAGUUACACAGAGAGUUCCAUCAUGGCCCAGACCCAACAGACAGCACUCCAGGACAGCCGGAACUAGACGGGGGCAGUCCUCCCCCAGAGAGUUCCUUCCAGAAAUUGGCCCCCAGUGAAACACGUUACACCAUCCUCAGGGACCGGGACGAGCUGUGAUGACACAACUGCAUUGAGACCCAACCCAGAACCCUGCAGUCAGCUGGUGCCAACCUGGCACCGCCGCUGUCUGUGCAACGUCUAUUUUCAUAAUUUUUAUUUAGAUAAAAAAAAAAAAGUGAGAAGGUGAACCCCUGAGCUUUUUUUGGGGUGGGGAAUGAAGAGUAGCGUUUUUACAUUUGUUUUUGGAGCUUGUAAAUAUGUUUGUGCUCUGUGGGUCUUGUCUAAAUUAAAAACAUUUUUUUCUCCCCC